AUGGCUGUUGGUAAAAAUAAAAGACUUUCCAAAGGUAAAAAAGGAUUGAAGAAGAGAGCUGUUGAUCCAUUCUCAAGAAAAGAUUGGUUUGAUAUUAAAGCUCCAUCAACUUUUGAAAACAGAAAUGUUGGUAAAACUUUAGUUAACAAAUCAACUGGUUUGAAAAACGCUGCUGAUGCUUUAAAAGGUCGUGUUGUUGAAAUCUCAUUAGCUGAUUUACAAGGUUCAGAAGAUUAUGCUUUUAGAAAUGUUAAAUUAAGAGUUGAUGAAGUUCAAGGUAAAAAUUUAUUAACUAAUUUCCAUGGUAUGGAUUUCACUUCAGAUAAAUUAAGAUCAAUGGUUAGAAAAUGGCAAACUUUGAUUGAAACUGCUGUUACUGCUAAAACUUCAGAUGACUAUGUUAUCAGAGUUUUCGGUAUUGCAUUCACUAAAAGACAAGCUAACCAAAUUAAAAAAACUACAUAUGCUCAAUCAUCUCAUAUUAGACAAAUUAGAAAAAUUACUUCAGAAAUUAUUGCUAAAGAAGUUCAAAACUCAACUUUAGCUGAAUUAACUCAAAAAUUAAUUCCAGAAGUUAUUGGUCGUGAAAUUGAAAAACAAGCAAAAUCAGUUUUCCCAUUACAAAAUGUUCAUAUUAGAAAAGUUAAAAUUUUAAAACAACCAAAAUUCGAUUUAGGUUCCCUUUUAGCAUUACAUGGUGAAGCUACAUCUGAAGAUAAAGGUAAAAAAACCAAAGCUACUACAGGUUUCAAAGAUGAAGUUUUAGAAUCUGUUUAA